AUACUUGGCAAUAGGCACCCUGCAACGCACAGCGUUACUCAGUCAUUACCUAAGGUAUACCCACCUAGUACUGACGUUACGUGCUACUACCGUUAACUACUAUACUUCGUACCUACCUAGUCGGUUGAUGCACAUCAGCCGCUGCUGCAACAUAUUGUGCCAGUUACCUGUCAGCAGAAGCUUCGUCAUUGACAAUCAACGCCUCCAUUUGAAGAGCAAAAUACAAGAUAGCUAAGUGCCUGGGGCUUGACAUACCUUCUCGAUGAUAGCUUUCUGCGCAGUACGGCGGCGCACGCGUUGGCUCAGCGUCGUGGUGCCUACUCGGCAGAUUCGAGCGGCGUCGCAGGAUUCAAUCGCUGAGACAGUACGUCCACUGGUUUACGACUUGCACGAACCAUCCCGACCAAAAACAGACAAGCACCGACACCCUAUAAUCUUUCUGCAUGGCCUAUUCGGUUCUAAGAAGAACAACAGGGGGAUCAGCAAGGCUCUCGCUCGCGAUCUCGGCCGAUAUGUGUACGCCCUGGAUCUCAGGAAUCACGGUGAAUCACCUCAGAGCUCCCGGCACGACUAUCUGGCCAUGGCCGAUGACGUCUCAGCUUUCAUUGAAGAUCAUGGCCUCACCGACACGACAAUCAUUGGUCACUCCAUGGGAGCUAAAACCGCCAUGACGCUCGCCCUGCGCUCGCCUAAUGCUGUUGCCAACAUAGUUGCUGUCGACAAUGCCCCUGUCGAUGCUGCUCUUAGGAAUGAUUUUUCGCAUUACAUUCGAGGCAUGGAAAAGAUUCAGACGGCCGGUGUCACACGACAGGCCCAGGCGGACCAGAUACUGCAAAAAUACGAGGAGUCACUACCGAUCCGUCAAUUCUUGCUCGGGAACCUUUAUCGCCCACCUGGAGAACAAGCUCAGCAGUUCCGUAUCCCGCUCAGCAUCCUUGCACGGUCUCUGGGUCACCUGGGCGACUUCCCCUUCAAGGAUCCGCGCGAGCGUCGAUUUGAGAAGCCCGCCUUGUUCAUUCGCGGGACGAAGAGCACAUAUGUGCCAGACGAUGUGCUACCUGUUACUGGGCAAUUCUUCCCUCUGUUUCGGGUUGCUGAUAUCGAUGCUGGCCAUUGGCUGAUUUCGGAGCAACCGGAGGCCUUUCGACAGGUCGUGGUUGACUUUUUGCGCGACACCGAAUAGCUCUCGACCGGCCAUGCCCAAUUAAAUAGCAAAGCCCAAAGCAUGCACCGGCGUAGCGUCAUAUAAAUCCCACAAGCACUGGCGGUAAUUUUCGAGCCUGUGUCGAGAUAGCUUUGAUUGCUAAACAUGAGAUUUACUGCAUGUGAGGUAUUCCAUGCCGAGGUGGAGCAGAAGCACCGGCUCUGCUGCUGGCGUGCUGUGGCUGAGAAUUGGCCGCCAACAGUGUCCAAAAGCGCGUACUUGACUCGUGGGCUCCUUCCGAGACGGCUGGUCAUUCUGGGUCACCGGAGCAAAGCUCGACCCGAUGGGCGUCGAUUCUCGAAUAUGCACUCAAGGGGCUGUGGAUCAUCUCGGGGAUGCCAGCAGCACCUCGUGCCGAUUGCGCAUUGCGUCACGAGCAUAGAUAUGCAUAGGACAAUGUAGAACCCUUUUACCAUUUCAUGGGGACAUUACCGUAGCCCCCAACCGC